UCGGAAUUAUCAAAAGAAAAGAGUAACAUUAUUACGGACGAGGAAAAUUUUUAAAAAACAUUUAUUUAAUUUGAAAUUGAUUUUCUAUAAAACGUUUAGAUUGCAAAACUUUCUUCGUAUUCAAAUAAAAGUGGAAAUAGAACAGGGCGUUAAUUGGAAAAAUUAUUUAAUGAAAUUUCUGGAAAAAUCCCGCAUAAAUCCUUUGAUAAUUAAGACGGCUGAAGUAGAAGGCUGAAAGAAGGCCUUUAAAAUACAUAAUCAAUUAAAACAAAUUGUGCGUUGGUUCUCUAAAAAAAAAAACACAACAGAGCAAUAAGAAAAACAAAACGCAAUGAUGGUAGAAUCUGAUGGUACAACAGAUGCCACCCGACGUUUAAAUGUCAAAAAGCAGACCUUGGAUGAUGCAUACGCCGUGCCAGCGAAUUUCCUAGAAAUAGAUGUUGUAAAUCCUCAGACUACAAUGACUGCAGGCAAAAAACGUUACACCGACUAUGAAGUUAAAAUGAGGACGAAUUUGCCCGUUUUUAAAGUAAAAGAAUCUAGUGUACGACGCCGAUAUAGUGACUUUGAAUGGUUAAGGAAUGAAUUAGAACGUGACAGCAAAAUCGUGGUACCGCCGUUACCUAGCAAAGCCUGGAAACGUCAAAUGCCUUUUCGUAACGACGAAGGCAUAUUUGAUGAGAAUUUCAUUGAGGAACGUCGCAAAGGACUAGAGGCUUUCAUUAAUAAAAUUGCUGGCCAUCCAUUGGCUCAAAAUGAAAGAUGUUUGCAUAUGUUUUUGCAAGAGAAUGUUAUUGAUAAAAAUUAUGUGCCCGGUAAAAUUCGUAACACCUAAAAAAACCUACUGACGUUUAUAACUAAAAGCUUCACGACUAAAUAAUUGACAUUAUGCUAAUUAAUUCAAAGCCAGAAAAUAGAAAACAAAAGAAAAAAAAAAAGGGAAAAUUCCUGAAGCAUUUUGGUUGCGAGAAUGCUCAGAAUUGUUUAUACAAAUCUUGUGGUCUUUAUUUGCAAGGUAUAAAUAUAACUGCAACAGAGAACAAAUGAUCUGAAUCUAUAUAAUAUACAUAGCUUAAGGGAGUGUGAGAGAAAAUGAUUAACAAUACAAAUCAAAUUUUUUUCUAUUAAUUUAAGAUAUUCUACUUUAU